AAAAACCCGAACCUUAACUAUGGUAAAAAGUGAAGGUUGUCAAGAUCAAGUCGUGUUCCUCAUCAUACUGAAACAAUCUGUUGGUAUAAUAUUGUGGCUACAUAGAUGUUUGUGGUAGAGCGGUAAUGCACGCAUCUCUCACCAAUAUGACAAGUGUUCAAGUCCUGCUUGGCCCAGAGACAAACUAAUCGCGUGAACGGCAAUACAGUAUGCAUGAUGCUUAUGAGGCCAUUCCCAUCCUGGAGAAACUUCCACUACAGAUUGAAGCUGUUACGGCUUAUGAUGGUAACUUAGUGGUGGGGACGAGACAAGGCCACCUGCUCAUGUACACGGUGACUCCCGGCACCACGCGACGCUGGGACGUGGCUCUUCUCUGCUCCAACAAGAACUUCUCACGCAAGCCAAUAGUUCAGGUGGCUGUUAUCCCUGAACACCAAAUCAUUGUGUCAUUAUCAGAUAAUGUUGUAAGUGUACAUGAUCUGACAGCCUUCAAUUUGCCUCUACUCUGUACAUUAUCCCAGACUAAAGGUGCUACUGCCUUUGAUCUUGAUAUUAAGCAUCACGUGUCGUUGACGGGGGAUGGCGUGGUCACUGUGCGUCUGGUGGUGGCCGUCAGACGCAAGCUUCAGCUCUUCUACUGGAAAGCCAGAAAAUUUCAUCAGCUUCGCGAAGAUCUGGCCUUACCGGAUGUGCCCCGAGCUUUAACCUGGUGCAUGGAAGCUAUUGCUGUAGCCUUUAAACAUGAGUAUUGGCUGGUCAAGCUGACAGGUGAACAGAAGGAACUGUUUGCCACCGGUCGCAGCCAAGAGCCCCUCAUAACUAGAAUGGUGGACGGGGAGCAGUUAGCUUUGGCUCAUGACAAGGAAUCUAUCUUUGUUGAUGCUGAUGGGAAUGCCACUUGCAGUUAUACACUUAAGUGGGUAGAACAACCACUUUCUCUAGCAUAUGACAAACCAUACUUGAUAGCCAUCUUGCCUAAGAAUAUAGAAAUAAAGACGACAGAACCUCAAAUUACUGUACAGGUCCUCAACUUAGACAAACCCAAGCUCCUGGCUGUGGGGCAGUCAACCAAAGGGAAGAGUCAGGUGUACAUAGCGUCGUCAUCACAUGUCUGGUGUUUACACUCCAUCCCCAUCAACCAACAGAUUCCGCAACUCCUCGGAGAAAAACAAUUCGGGUUGGCGCUGAAACUUGUGGAUGUCUGGGAUGAAGAUGAGGAUGCCAAGACUCAGAUGCAGAAACACAUCCAGCACCUACAAGCUAUUCAUCUCUUCUGUAGUAAAAGUUACCCAGAUGCCAUGAAACUCUUCUUCACUCUCAACACAGAUCUUCCAUUUGUUAUUGGCAUGUAUCCGGACAUGGUUCCCGAGGAGUACCGUAGCCGACUCCGUUACCCGUACCCCAUCCCGGCACUCAGUGGAGCGGACUUAGAGCAAGCACUCCAGGCUCUAAUUCACUUCCUGUUAGAGAUGCGUCAUCAGCUGUGUAGCAGUGAUAGUGAAGCUCGCACUGAAGAUGUCGGUGACAACAAGUUCUCCUCUUCGGCAGCUGUGGCGGCAAGUUUAAAGUCUCGCAAUGAGAAACUCCAGAUCAUUGACACAACAUUGUUGAAGUGUUAUGUGCAGACCAAUGACAGCCUUGUUCAGCCUCUGCUUCGGAUGCGUGAUAGCCGUGUGAGUGUAGUGGAAGGGGAGCGCGUUUUACGCCACUCCCACAAGUACCCGGAGCUCGUCCUGCUGCUACAGACUCGUGGUCUUCAUCAACGAGCUCUUCAACUGUUGAUCAGGCAUGCUAAGAGACCUGACUCACCCCUGUGUGGCCACCAACACACUGUCAACUAUUUACAGCAUCUUGGACCUCAACACAUAGAUCUAAUAUUUGAGUAUGGGGGCUGGGUGUUAAAGUCACACCCUGAAGAUGGGUUGAAAAUAUUUAUUGGGGACAAGUCAACGUCAGGCGAAGUGGAUCAGCUGCCACGACCCAAAGUUCUCAAUUUUCUCAAGAAAACAGAGAAAACUCUUGUAAUCCCAUAUUUGGAACAUGUACUACAAGAGUGGGGGGACACGACACCUUUACUACACAACGAACUCAUUCACCAGUACCGUGAUAUAGUGGUGGCACCUUUUACUUCUAGUGACCCAGCAAAUGUGGAGGAGGAGAAGGGAAGAAGAAAAAUUGUGUGUGAGAAACUUCUAAAAUUCCUCAACGAAUCCAAGUAUUACACAGCAGCGACUCUCCUUAUUCAUUUUCCUUAUGAUGGUCUCCACGAAGAGCGAGCCGUGCUGUUGGGGCGUCUCGGUCAGCAUCAUCAGGCACUGUCCAUCUACACCAACACACUCAGAGACACACAGGCAGCCCUCAGGUACUGCCAGAAGCACUACACCCCUUCAGGACCUGGCAGUGAGGUAUAUUUGACACUCCUCAAGCUGCUGGUCAGUCCUAUAGACAUAAGAAGUACUUCUGGUUCCCCAGUCAUGCAGCAACAGCAGCAGGCAGGAAAACCAGAUGUUGAGACUGUUCUCGAACUGCUACAGAAUCAUCUACAUUGUAUAGAUCUUGGCCAGGCGCUGAAGGUGUUACCAGAUGAAGUAACACUCAACUUGUUGAAGCCUUUUAUCCAUGCAUCAUUUAACCUGGCUAGUUCAGUGUGUAAACAGAAGCAAAUAAUGCGAGGUCUCACACAGUCACUCAAACUCCAGACAAGCGAAGAACUUGUUGCCCGCCAGAAACUGAAGAUCAUGCUGUCAGAAUACACCUACUGUGCUGUGUGUAGUAAAAGGUUCACUAAACACAGUGCAUUUGCUUGGUAUCCAAAUGGUGAUAUUGUACACUUCUCCUGCCAGAACCAGAGUGUUUGCUGGGUACAUUGAUGACGUAUUGUAGUGGAUCCUCUCCCCUACAACUGACGACUGAGCUGCCGCUCUCCUACCAGCCAAUCAGCGUACAGCCAGCGAUGCACACGUAGCAACCCCAGGAGAGGCCAUAGCUUCCCACGUCAUGCCAGGAUCAGAGUGCUGGGCACUUCUGGCGUUCUCCUCUGUGAUUGGCUCUCGCGCUACGCACGCCUUGAAUCCUGAUGCUCCAGAAUCAUAUAAAUACGGGACCGGCUGGCCAGGGAGACCAUUCUACUCUGACCUACUGGACCAGCAAGACCUCUUUACAACUCCUCACCACCCAGCUCCCUCAGAAGGCUCCUCGCCCAACAG